AUGAGUCCUUAUGCAUACACAGCUUCUAAGCAUGCAAUCAUAGGCCUCACCAAACAAGGAGCGACUGAGAUGGGACGAUAUGGUAUCAGAGUGAAUUGUGUUUCUCCAAGUUCUUUAGCCACUGAUAUUACUUCUCUAUUCUUUAGAAAAUCUAGAAAAUCUAAUCCCAUGAAUCCAGAAGAGCUCAAGGCCAAUUGGGAGGCAUUUUAUAACAAGACAGCCAAUUUAAAGAACCAUAAUCUUAAAACACAAGAUAUUGCAGAGGCUGCAUUGUAUUUGGCCAAUGAGGAAUCAAAGUUUGUAAGUGGCCAUAAUAUUGUGGUCAAUGGAGGGGACACAAUAGUAAACCAUGACUUGGGUCUGUAUCAGUGA